AAAAGUAACUCAGGACAAUAGCAGCCAAUGAGCGCUUAAUUAAAUUAAUUAGUCCUUCUUGUCAAUCUUGGAUUAAUGGCCAAUAGCAGCAGUGGCGCAUCUUAAUGUGUUUUUUUUUUUUACUCUCUCACUUCCAGGGUGGACGAUGUUGAGGAUGAGGAGGGGGGGCUCAUCUCGGCAUCCUGAGGGGAGGUAAUUUGCACGGAUCAAGGGGGCAAGGCGCCGCAAAGUAUAAAUAGUGUGACUUCAAUAGAGGAUCACCAGCAGGUUCCCAACUCCGCCGCACCAGAGGAGGAGAAAUUGGCCGAGGAAGACGGGCCUCUUUAAGUGCCAUUUUUUGUGGUGCCUUCCUAGAGAGUUGGCAGCAUCACCUACAUUUUCAAGGGGGCCACACCAUUGAUGUCUUAAGCUGUCGUGGAGCAAAGGGAGCGUGCGUGUGUGUGUGAGUGAGUGAGUGUGUGUGUGUGAGUGGUGUGUGUUCGUUUUUUCUUCUCUUUUGAGAGAGGAGAGGAAAAAGAGUGAUGGAAGAGCUCACCGCCUUCGUGUCUAAGUCUUUCGAUCAAAAAGUCAAGGAGAGGAAGGAGGUGAUCACCUACAGGGAGGUGCUGGAGACCGGCGCCGCAAGAGCGGGGAGCCGGGAGAGUUUAACCGCGGAGCCCGGCAGUCGAGAAGAGACGGCUGCGGCAGCAGUCGUAGCCCGGAACGUUGCGCUCUCGCCGGCGAGGGAGACAGACAUGCUCGGGCCGGAGAGAACCAGAGACGCCGGCAGUCCCAAACUCAUUGACGGAAAUACGGCAAUGAAGGAGAGUAAAGAGGAGUCCAAGCCCAUCGAGGAUGAGGCCCAGACCAAAAUCAAGCAGAGAAGAAGCCGGACUAACUUCACGCUGGAGCAGCUCAACGAGCUGGAGAGGCUCUUUGACGAGACCCACUACCCGGACGCCUUCAUGCGGGAGGAGCUGAGCCAGAGGCUGGGACUGUCCGAGGCCCGGGUGCAGGUUUGGUUCCAGAACAGAAGAGCCAAAUGCAGGAAGCAAGAGAACCAGUUACAUAAAGGAGUCCUGAUAGGAGCAGCCAACCAGUUUGAAGCUUGUCGUGUGGCGCCAUAUGUCAAUGUGGGGGCUUUACGGAUGCCAUUCCAACAGGAUAGUCAUUGCAACGUGCCGCCCUUCUCCUUUCAGGUGCAGGCGCAGCUGCAGCUAGACAGCGCCGUGGCGCACGCGCAGCACCACCUGCACUCCCACCUGGCGGCACACGCCCCCUACAUGAUGUUCCCGGCCCCGCCCUUCGGCCUGCCGCUGGCCACGCUCGCCGCAGAGUCAGCGUCCGCCGCCUCGGUGGUGGCCGCCGCCGCCGCCGCCAAGAACACGAGCAAGAACUCCAGCAUCGCCGACCUGAGACUGAAGGCCAAAAAACACGCGGCGGCGCUGGGCCUGUGACGUCAGAGGGGGGACGGAAACGAACGGGACGCUAUUUAUGUUUUUUUCUAAUGAAGGACGAUGAGUAUAACUAUAGGAAUAUAGGCUAUUUAUGAGAUUAUGAAAUGUGACUGAUAGCCUACGGAGGUGAUUUUUCUACGCCAAAAACAUGACCGGUCUUGGUGGUGAAGAAGAAAAGGAGGAGGAGGAGGAUGCAGCUGGCACGGUCGAUACUUUGUCAAACAAGGCGAACCAUUCUGCAGUCUGUUUUAUUAUUCCACGACUAUUAGGACUUCACUUGGAACAUUUACAGAGGCUGGCCUCGUUAUAGUCCAACACCUCCCCUCCAUGAAAAGGAACAGAGAGGGGCUUCCUCCCCAAAAUGUUUGCAUGAGUCAACUCUCAUUUGAAUGUUUGACCCUUUUUUUGGACCCCCCCCCCCCCCCGCCUCCCCCGGUGAAGGUGAAGCCAGAAAUGUGAGAUCAUAAUAUAUGUGCUCUUUUUUUUUGGAUAAGUGGUGUUUUAUCUCCUUUUAAAGGAGCUCAUUAUGUUAUAUAUGCCAUAUUUAAUAACAGUAUAUAACACAAAAUACUGUACAAAGCGGUACGGACACGUGUAAAAUAUGUUUAUACACAGCGAACACAUACCUGUCAGCUUUCCCAUCUCCACCGGGAUACUCCCGUAUUUUGCCCAACUCUUCCGGAAUUAUAGUUUCCUGUAUUUGAACUUUCAUGGCAAAAAAAUCUUCUCCGGUUCUCGGGAGGGUGCUGGCGGAAUAUCAGAAUUUCCCCCAUUUCCCCAGAAAAUUCCCCUUAUUUUUUCAUGCAAAUGUUGACAGGUAUGAGCGAACAUGCGUUCCUUUUUGUAUUUUUGUUUUGUACUUGACUUCAUUUUCGUGUAUGAAAAGUCACAUUCUUCCUGUAUGUAAAGAUGUUUUUUAAUAACAGUGAAAGUGAACUCACCUGAGGCACUGGGUUUGUUUGUUUUUUUUUUUUAAAGAAAAAAAAAAAUCAUGACAUUUUCCAUCACAUGUGAAACGUGAAUCCACCUAACCAAAAUGUUUUUUUUGUUCCUAUAAUAAAUUAACUAAAGGUUCUUUAAUGAAUGAGUUGACAUUUUCAUUGCAGUAUAGCAAGCCUUUGUUGUGAAUAUUAUUUAUUGGUAAAGCCUUCUAGUUGUUUUUUUUUUAAUAAUUCAUGACUUUGGCGGAAGUCUUUUGAUAACGUCACGAGUGACAGGUCUGUGUGAGGAACAUUGCUUGUUCCCGUGCCAAACUCAUGCAAUAUUCAUGCUUUUUGGUUGUGGAACAUUUGGAGAGGAGGACUGAUCAUUUUCAGCCGACAAGCUAACAAAACAGGGAGAUAACAGAUAAAGCGAGUGGUCACUCAUGUUUUUGCAGUUGUAUUUUCUAAAAGCUAUUCAACCCUGUCGUUAUUUUGGCAUUUUUGCUGCUGGAACCUCCUGUUAACAUGACGUCAUGUGCAUUUUGCAUUACAUGUGCAUACUUUUCUUACAUGGUGACCACAAAACUGAUUCAUUCCCUGACAUCUUAAUCACAUCUUAUUGAACAUUUAACACAAUCAUACACAUCCAGAUCACCUUACAAUCCCCCCCCCCAAAUUUCUGCACACAACAGCAACAACAAAGUGUCCCGAGCUAUUAAUUAAUAGCCAUCUCACACACAGUCUGCACUCGUCUGGAGCGUUUGUGUGUCUCUGGCAGGAUUUAGACGCCAAAUCUAUUGAAUUAUUGAUCGCCAGCCUCGCCGGUAAAUGGAGGAGACGGAACUGGGAAACUGAACUGAACGUGGGAGGGCUGCCCCCGGAUAGGUCGCAGGCACGCAUGUCCCACUCGUUAUGGUACACAAUCUAAUGCCGCUGCAAAACAGGAGUUGGAUUUUGGUGGAGAACUUUAAAUUCUUGUGCUCUAAUUAAUGUUAAUACAGGUUGC